CGUUAAUUGAGGUUAUGGUUGUACAUGAUCUUGUUAAAAAAAUUUAAAAUUGCGCCAAGAUUCAGUUUUUUGCAUUUUUGAUUGUUUAUUAAUCAUUGUAUAAGUAGAUCUAAAAUCAAUAUAUAAUUUACCUGACAAUCCUUUAUAGGAAGAACCUAAAUAUGGCUGUGCCCUAUGUGCUACAAUUAAAUAACGGUGUUAAUGCAAUACAUCUAACAGAUGUAUACACUUUAGAUGAAAGUGCACAAAUUACUUAUUUGCCAAAUGUAGGUAAUAAUAUUCAAGUACCGAUACCACUUCUGGCUUCGUUGAAUAUAAGCAAAAGCAAAACGAUUCAACUAGAUGCCCCCAAUGAUGCGGUUACUCCGAUUAGCUCGGUUUAUCAAAUCACUCAACCGAAGAAUAAUCCAUUACAGUCCACAAAAAGGGGAAGGAAGAAAAAACGGAAGAUCGAAGAACCACAGAAAGUUAAAGAAGAGUCUAAUAAACCUGCUCCGAGAACGAGAUCGGGAAGAGUUAUCAAGUUCCCCAAGCACAUGGAGAAAGUGUUCAAGAAGGUCGAAACAAAGGAGGUGAAAAAGGAAGAAAACGACGAAGAAAUCGAAACAUCAGAUUUCGUAACGUUCAAAGAAAAUCCCCCUGCAGAGCCUGCGGUGCUAUCCCAGUUGGAUUUCCAUCAGCGCAAGAGGAAAAUUGCCGCUCAAUACAGGUGCCCCAAAUGUCUGAAAGCUUACUUAGGCAAAACGAAGAUGAUUCAACACAUUAAGAAAUACCCCGAUCACGGCCCGAUUCCCCAGAAGGAUAAUAACAAUGUCAAUUUCGAAGUGUGGAAUUAUCUGGUGGAUAUUACUCAGAAAUGCCCUUCUGCUCAAAGGGGCAUCAAAUUCUGCGAGGAAUUAACGAAUUUAUUACACAACGUACUAUUACUUACAAGCGCUCUGUUCAAAAAAGUCAACCAAAAUAAGAAUUUCGUUGAAGUCGAUAAAGUUUUAGGUAACGCUAUAGGACUAUCGCCUGGUUUUUAUACAUUCAACGACAAUGAACUGUACAAAGAUGUUACAGUGUUGAAAUUAAUCACCACUACAGAUUUUUUUAAACCGAUUGAUUUGGAACGAAAUAAUGACAAGCCUGUUACGAAGGAGGAACAGCCGAGUAAACCGAACAAUUCCAACGACACUACACCUAGUGAUUCAACCAAAGAAAUGGAUUCAUUAUACCUUAGUAAAGAGAACUCGAAUGCAAAGCCAAGCUCAUCCUCGACAAAACCAGAAAUUACUAAAGAAUCGGGACACGUCGGGGAUAAUUUCGAAAAGAAAAAUGAAACUCCACCAGUUCGCGUCGAUUCGGAAUUGCUGCCAGAUCACUCGUUUCUGCAGUUAUCCAGCAUACGUAACAGCGUGGAUGAUUUGAUGUUGACUUCGGUGGAUUCGGGCGGGACGCUUUUGGAUAAUUCCACCAGUUCCGAUGAAGUGAUGAACGUCGAUCAAUUCGUGAACGAACGAUUUAAGAGAAUAACGGAGCCCGAUAUGGAGUUGGGGCCUUGCCUGAAUCUCGAUUUGCCCAGUUUGGAUAUGUUCCAAUUCAACACUACGUAGCGAAUUGAGGAUAGGUAAAUGUAACUUUUGACUGACUUAUUUUUUUUUAUUUUUGUUGUUAUUGUAUUCUCAGGUAAUAAUUGUAAAAUAAUGUGGCAAAUUGAUGUGACCAUUCGAUAUAAUAUAAAUUAAAAUUAAUGUGCAAACGUAUUUUUUUGUCGAUGAGAAUAUCCAAUGGUCAUUUUUUAAAAUAAAU